AUGAGCCAGGACUACUUUGACAACUGGUUCUGGACCUCCAAGAAGACAGACAAUGUCUGCCCGGGCAUGGGCACGGCCAAGUGCACGCCGCCCAACGCCUGCGCCCGCGACCCGAACACGGGCAAGGAGUACUGCUGCGACAAGCAGAGCAAAGGGGGCUCGGUGUGCUGGUCGCUGGCCGAGAAGUGCUCCAGCUCCGGAGGCACGAUCAACUGUGGCACGGGGAACCAGCUCUACUGCUGUCUAGACAAGAGGGAACGUUGCAGCGAGACGCCAAACCAGACUGGCAUCUGCUGGAACACGGCCGACGACACCCUCAACAACAUCACCUACUCGGACCUGGACAGCGCCUUCUCGUCCGUCAGCUCCUCCAAGACGGCGGCCACCAGCUGGGCCUUUGACCCCGUCACGCUGCCGGGCUUCACGGCGCCCCCGGGGGCCUCGACGACGACGACCUCCGGCACCGGCGCCUCGACGUCCGGCCCCACGCAGACCUCGCAGACCUCCAGCCCGUCGCAAACCGGCGCCCCAGGCAGCGGGUCCUCAGCCUCCCUGUCCGGCGGCGCCAUCGCGGGCAUCGCCAUCGGCUCCGUGGCGGGCGUCGUCAUCCUCGGCCUGCUCGCCUGGUUCAUGCGCCGGCGGCGCUCCUCCGGGGGGGCCAACGGCCGCCGCGGGGGGCCGGACAACCACAUCGCCGCCUACUCCGAGAUGGACGGCAAGUCCCCGCACGGCGGGGGCCACUCCCCCGCCACGACCGCGGCCUCGGCCUACCAGCCCGUGCCCGGCUACUCGCCGGGCGCUGUGCCGGCGGCGGCGGCGGCGGUGGGGCCGGGAGGAGGAGGCGAGUACUACAGCAAGAACGGCGGCUCGCCGCAGCCCGUGGAGAUGCCGGCGCCCGACUCGAGGCUCGGGGCGCAGGAGCUGCCCGGGGACACGUCGACGUACGCGGGCAGCGUGGCGGGCGCUCACUCGGUGUCGAGCACGCCCCAGGCUGCGUAUGCGCGGCCGCGGUAG